AUGACUAGCUCAUCAUCUGGUGCCGAUGCCAGUGCUGGGUUGUUCACCAGUGGUGAUUGGCUUGAUCAUGAAGACGCUACAGUACAGUUAGAAGUAAUAGCAUUAUCCAUGAACCUGAAUUUAUGUCUUGUAGCUGAUUUCCAACCUGAGAUGGUCAUAUUCCGUUCUCUACUUUUCCCUCUCUCCCUAUUAUCAAGUGUAGUGGGAUCUCUCAUAAGGGUUCCUAUAUCAUAUGAGAAGGUUACGAAAGAGGCUGAUGUGUAUGCCCUAGUUGGAAAAGUAACACUCGGUAGCCAAAAUGUCUAUGGUUUUAUUGACACCGGCGGUUCCACGACGUUCUUCCUCUGGAAGCAUUGGUAUGAGAAGGGUCAUCCAGGGAGGUGCAAGGACAUCAUCUUCGGUUGUUAUGAAUGCAGCCCUGAACCUUGCAGUGAGGAAAAACCUUAUACACUAGAUUUCGGAGAUGGAUCCGAAGUACGGAUCUUCAAGGAAUCUGCAACGGCCCAUUUCGGCUCAGCUGUCAGUGCCUCUAUUUCAUUCGGUCUGCUUGCUGAAUACACGUACGGUCCCAAUGUGCCAGUCCCUCAUGCUGGUUUCGGAUUGGCACCACAAGAUGAUCCAAAAUCACCAUAUAUACCGAUAAUAGAACAACUUCUCGCACGGGAGCUUAUCGAGAGUAGUAUCUUCUCGAUUUACCUCAGGCCUGAUGGCACUAAUGAAAGAGGGGAACUCCUUCUCGGUGGAUCGGAUCCUAGUAUGUAUAAGAGUCCGUUGGUCUAUGUAGCGGUUACUACUGAAGACAGGUUUGUCCGAGUUACUGGCUUCUCCCUUGGAGGUAGCGCGUAUCCUGUAAUGGCUGUGAAUGAUGAUGGUAUCCUUGAUACUGGAGCAGAGUGCAUAUUCAUACCUAUGCACAGGUAUACUCUUCCUACCCUCAUUAAAGAUCUUGAGGUUCGAUCAAGCAGUAAGGUGACGAUUACCCAAAGGGGUUCUAAGCUUAUCGUCAAUUGUAAUCAACGACAACACCUUCCACCGAUAGAAUUUCUUCUAAAGGGUCUAGAUGGUCCGGACGUCAAGGUGAAGAUCCCCUCUGAUGCAUAUGUGGAUAUUAGAACGGAUGCUCAAGGGCGAGCUUAUUGUCGCGUACUUCUUAAUGUGACUGAUUAUCCUCUAUGGGCUAUUGGACUCCCUAGCCUCAUUGGACGUUAUUUUUUGUAUGAUUGGACGAAUAAUAAGAUAGGUAUUAGUGAACUCAAGUAGAAACACUCUUCGAGAGUGAAAUAAAAUAGACUAUAGGGAUGCGUAUGGCACAUGCGCGAACUGAUUACUCCACACAGCAAUCAGUCAUUAGUCUUGUUU